AUGAUGGACGAUGCGUUUAGGCCUAAACAUCACAUUAAUCCUGCUCCUGAUCCAGCUCCUCAAGGACGCAGCACUUUCUCCUCUGAGCCCUGGCAGCCAACGGGGAAGGAGGAGGUGGGGGAGGAGGAGGAGGAGUGUGCAGAGAAGGCUCCAGAGACGACUCCUUCUGAUAUUAUUACAGACAGAGGGCUCAUGCUGGAAGAGGCACUGGAGGUAGGCAACGGCUGUCGUGCGGUGCAAGAGGAAAAAACCGCCAUGUUUCUGAGAAGGGAAAGGAUGUCUUGA